CCGGACCGUGCAUGCGCGGCUCCGUUGCUGCAACUUUCAACUUUUGGGAUCCGCUCCCUCGGGGUUCGGGGGGAAUUUGGGGGAAUUUGGGGGAGUUCGGGGGGAUUUGGGAGCUGCAGGGGGGCGCAGCCCCGCCCCUCCCGGCCGCGCCAUGGUGUCCUGGAUCCUCAGCCGGGUGAUUGAGCUGCUCUUCGGGAUGCUCUACCCGGCCUACGCCUCCUACAAGGCCGUGAAGACGAAAAACAUCCGGGAAUACGUCCGCUGGAUGAUGUACUGGAUCGUCUUCGCUCUCUUCAUGGCCACAGAGACCUUCACCGACCUCCUCAUAUCCUGGCUCCCCUUCUACUACGAGGUGAAGAUGGCUUUUGUCAUCUGGCUGCUGUCGCCGUACACGCGGGGGGCCAGCCUGCUGUACCGCCGCUUCGUGCACCCCACGCUGGCCCGCAGGGAGAAGGACAUCGACGCGUUCCUGGUGCGGGCCCGCGAGCGCGGCUACGAGACCGCGCUGCGCUUCGGCAAGAGGGGCCUCAACCUGGCGGCCACCGCCGCCGUGCAGGCGGCCACCAAGAGCCAGGGCGCGCUGGCCGGGCGGCUCCGCAGCUUCAGCAUGCAGGACCUGCGCUCCCUGCCCGAGCAGGCCCCCGUGCACUUCCAGGACCCGCUGUACCUGGAGGAGCAGGAGAGCCUCCAGCAGCCCCUGGCCUACGGCGCCGGCCUCCGCUACGAGAGCGAGUCGGACGAUGAGGAGCUGUGGUCAGACUCGCAGGUGUCCCCCUCGGUGUCCCCACGCCGGGAUCACAGACCCCUGUCCCGCAGCCAGAGCCUGAGAACCCUGAGGAAGAACCCAGGAAAAGAGGUGACGUGGGAGGGGACACACGGUGGCGGGCUGGGGCUGUGUCAGGGGGUGCCGACUGUCCUUGUCCCUCUCCGUGUCCCUGCCCAGGGCUCUUCGCGGCUCCUGCGCAGCCGGGCCAGGAGGAGAGCGGCUGUGUCAGAGCAGGACAGCUGAAAAUGCCAGGAAACCUCUGCCAGGAGGCUGCAGAGGAAUUUGCUGCUGCGGCAUCAGGAGGGAGCUGUGGCUCCUUGUGGCUCCUGGUGUCCCCAGGGUGGCUCCUUGUGUCCCCUGGGGAGGCUCCUGCACCCCCAGGGAUCCUCACACUGUAAAUCCCUUCCGUGUGGCCCCUCGAGGAGGGGGGAGCAGCUCAUCACCCCCCUCCCAGACCCCCCAGCUCGGUGCUGGCGCCUCUCCUGUGGGGUCUGGCCCCUCCUUUUCCCCCAUGCCAUGAACACUACAGGCUUCCCCCCUCUCCUGCUGCCAUGGUGCCUUGUUCACAACAUUCCCGUUCCCCUGGGAGCCAGGAGUGGAUGUGCCUUGUCCCUCUGAAGCCAAAGCCAUGGCCCCUGCCUGGGGCCCCCCCAGACACAGACUGACACCCCCAUACUUGAGCCCAGAGCACUGGGCAGCACACUUUUAACAUUCCCCUCUCCCAAAAAGAGGGUUUUGUACCUGGAAAAAUAAAUGUUUGUUGCAGACUUUGGGGAGCAGGAGUUGUCCCUGCUGCUGUCCCCUUCCACA